GGAGACGCCGCACGCAGCAGCAGCAGCCGGCGGGCGGAGACGGAGCGCAGCGCCCGGGCAGCCCCCCUCGCCGUUCUCCACCGCUGACAGCCCCAGCACCGAAAGAUGAAUCCCACCAUCAGCAUCGCUGUCAUCCUGACAGUGCUGCAGGUUACCCAUUGCCAGAGGAUCAAGGAGCUGAGCGCCUGUUUGCUGGGUCAGACCCUGCGCGUGGACUGCCGCUAUGAAAACAAGACCUCCAACUUCCUGACCUACGAUUUCAGCAUGCUCAAGGAAAACAGAAGGCGGGUGAUCCAGAGCAACCUGAACGUCCCCGAGAACAGCCUCAAGGGACGAUCCAACAUCACCCUGUCAAAGGACAUGGUGUGCCUGCAGCUGUUCGACUUCACCACUGCGGAUGAGGGCGUCUACAUCUGCGAGCUGAAGAUCACCGGUGACUACACCGGCAACCAGAUAAGGAACAUCACCGUCGUCAAAGACAAGCUGGAGAAAUGUGCUGGCAUCAGCCUCUUGAUUCAGAACACCUCCUGGGUGCUGCUUCUGCUCCUGUCCCUGCCACUUCUGCAAGCUGUGGACUUCGUGUCCCUGUGAAAGGAAGGAGCGACCGAGCCACCCAGCCGAACCCUACCACCCAAACGUGGCCCUUUGCAAGAGAAGACGAUGAACGAUUUGAAACCAAGGAAAUCUCUUUCUGUGUAUAUCUCUCUAUAUAUGUGUAUAUCUGCUGAGCCCGCCUGCGCUGCCACACAUCACAUCACACCACACGUCCGAAACACGCUGGGGGCUGGGGUGGGUGUAUUAAGCAGUAUUAAAGGAUCCGACGCAUGGCGGCAUUCCCUCGCGCUCUGCUAGAUGGUGCAGCUUCUUCCAUAGCACGUUUUGUUUUUGUUUCUUUGUCCCGGUGGCAGGGGGAUCUAUAGCCUCGAGGAAGCAGCUUGUCUUGGCCCAUUUUUUUGUCUUUCAAGGAGAGAAAGCCAGCAGGGCCCCCAGACCUGACUCUAGUAAAAGAGAGACAGUCAAAGAGUUAGGGGAGCUGCUGGUGAGUCCUGGCUACCACCCGAGCCUGGAGAACAGAUGCUUGCUCAGCAACACAGGCUUGCCCAGUGUAAAGACUUGGCCCGACCUAAGCAAAGUCAGGCAAAUGGGAAGCUUUGGGACAGAGUCCGAUACACUAGCUUUUCACCUCUGGGGAGCUGGGUUUGAAUCCUGUCUGGUGAGAUGAAUUUGGUGGGCUCUCAGCCUGUUCUUAGCAGCCAUCACUUCCGUAUUGCACAAAGCCGUGACCAUUGGUAUGACUGCUUCGCCUGCACAGGAAAGGGCCAGCAUUGAAACAGAUCCAUCUUGGGGGUGUGAGCAAUAGGGACACUCAAAUAUAGAGACAGCAAGGGGUGAUGAAUGUCUCAAGUUGGGGGUGCAGGGAUAGACAGCGGGGGCCACAGCACUGAAAUAGCAAGGGGUGCGGAAGGUUUUAGGACAGAGGUGCAGCUGCAGCCCUGCAUAAGAACACUUGCCCAUCACUCAUCCAUGCUCUGCUGGGCUUAAGCCCUCACCGUAAGAUCAGAGGAUGGCAGUUGAUUGUUGUUUGUUUUUAAUUAAUCCUGAACUAAGAAACUGAGGCAGCAGCCCUUGAAACUAGUCAGUGUGCUGAGGCCUAGAGCUCCUUGGGCAUUGGCUAAUCCUGCUCAGCAAAGACUAGGGGUUAGCUGUGAAGGGAGACCCCUUGCUGAGCUGGCGCCAGCACUGCUCACUGCAUGAUCUCCAGGGAGUGGUCCCCUGGGCGGAGACACAGAUAGCACUUGCAUCUUCCUUUCACCCCAGUGUGCGAAGGGUGUGUGUGUGUGUGUAAGGAAACACUCGGGAGGGAUGGGGGGACAGCUUGCUCCCAGAGAAGAAGCAACUGUCCUUGGGGAGAGAGGAGAUAUAGGGAUGGGGGCCUAGCCAGCUGCCACCUCCCACUCCUCCGGUACCAGUCAAAGCUGCUCUGUGACAUCCCCCAUUAACACACAGGGCUGUCUCCCGCUGGCGAUCAGGGGAGAUUGCAGGAGCUGGGGCUUCCCCCAAGCCACAAACUCUCAUCCCUGCAUGCCACGCUUUGGGUUUGACUUCAGGCACUAGCGAGACCAGCCCACCUGGCUCUGCUCCUUAGCUGGACCGUGGUUUCCUCCUUCAGCCCAGUCCCAUUCCUGAGUCAUGCUAGUGGGGAGAAGGCUGCAGCCUUCCUCCCUUGCAGGUUAACAGACUGCGGUGCGGGCCUGUUCCUUAGCACAGCUUUGCCUCUCAUUAGGAGCCUAAAGGGUUGGUUAGCCAUAGGGGGAGCUAAUGCAUCCCAAACCACAAAAUGACCCCAAGCUUAGAGAGCAUCCCCAGCUCCAGCCAGGGUCUGGACAAGGCCUACCCCCCAGCAAGCUGGGGCUCAAAUGCCCCAGGACUUAGCAGGAAAGAAACUCCUGAGCCCACCUACCGAGCAGGGGCAGGCUGGAUGGCGGAGGGCAUUACAUAGCUCUCUCCUGAGCAGCAAAGGCAUCUCCCCCAGGUGUGGGCUAAAACAGGGGAGCAGAGGUCCCACUCAGCCCGCUGCCACGCAAGGGAGGCAAUGGGAAACCAAGAUCACGUGCAUCGGAACUGAGCAGAGCAAGACCAGGGAGCUCCCCUGGUGGAGCCGGAAGGGUUAAUGGUGACGGAGAGGGGGGGACAGGCCCCAGCUAACUGUAAUAUGCCCCCCUCUCCGAUUGUGUGUGCUGUGCUUGGGCCCACUGCAGGGUCAAGAGCCCGAGUGGCUGGCUAAGGGGAGCUGCUUUUUUCCGUGAUGCCCCACGCCCUGCUUGUUCGCUGUAUAGUGCACUACCCCGCCCCCAGAUGUACUGCUCAGGUAUCUCUCCGUGUACAUCUCCCACCAGCCAGCCCUGACCUGCCGGUGAAUGCAACAGAGGGAGGGGGAGAGUCAGACCCAGCCAACCCACAGGGACGUGUCCCAGUCUUGUUUCGUGAACAUUUGUAGUGUUUCCAGAGCUUGGUGUAGAGAAAUGCUGUUCAAGGGGGGAAAACAAGAACAACAAAAGAGCCUCUAUCUGCACAAUAAAUCCCUCGGUUGUGUGUUGGA